AUGGUCGUGUAUGAUGAAAAUUUAUUAAUAAAAAGUCGAUUACGAUUAUGUUUGGAAAUAUUAAAACAAUAUGAUUGGCUUUUGGAAUCAUACGUACUAGAUUUCUUCAUCGAAAAUCACAUGCAGAAAUUACCAAAAAGUUGGCAAGAAAUUUUAAAGAGUGUCCCGUUAGAAGAUUUUUAUUACGUUUUAAGUCUUUCUUCAAAUAAACCUCAUCAGAUUUAUCCAUUAUCAUUAAUUUGUUUAAAAACAUUAAUAAACAUUUUAGUUUUACCUAGACAAACAGAUAACAAUAAUAAAAUUUCUUUUUUUCAAACUACACAUAAAAAUAAAUUAAAAUUUUCUGAAAAAAUUACUUAUGAUAUAGCAAGCAAACUCAAUGUAAAACUAAUAGUCGAUGUUGGAUCUGGUCUUGGACAUUUAACCAGAGUGUUAGCUUAUGGCUUUCAGUUCACUGUCUUUGCUAUCGAAAGUAAUCAUGAGUUAAUACAACAAGCUAGACAUCUUGAUUCUGAAUUUGAAAUGAUAGCACAAAAAUUAUUGAACGAUGAAGAAUUAAUAGAACUUAAAAGAAACAGACCAAUUCACGUUAAUAAAAGUAUUCAAUUUGACAUUAGUUCUUCUUGCUUCUUACAGGACUUGAAGGAUGCAUUCGGAAUUAAAGAUGAUAAUUUUAAAUUUGGAAUAAUUGGUUUACAUCCUUGUGGUGAUUUAGCUGCAUAUCUUUUAAAUUUGUACACUAAUUGUCCACAAGCACAAUUUAUUAAUAUAGCUGGAUGUUGUUAUCACAAACUUUCCACAACAAAAAAUGAAAAUAUUAACACGACGUAUCCAUUAUCAAAUUUUUGUAAGGAAAAUUCUACUCCUUUGAGUUAUGAAGCUAAAGCAUUGGCUUGUCACGCCAUUGAAACAUAUUGUCAAAGACUUAAAUCGAAAGAUUAUGAUCAUUUAAAAGUUCAUUGUUUCAGGGCAGCUUUAGAAAAAAUAAUAAACGAUAAAUGGCCUCGAUAUAAAAAAAUGGGUCUCAGCAAUGUUAAAUCCAACCCAAAUUUAAAUUUUAAAACGUAUUGUGAAACAGCUCUUCGAAAACUUGAUGUUAAACUUUCCGAACAGGAUUUGAAUUCCGAAGAAACUUUAAGAAAUUUACAAAACUGGCAGGAUGUGGUAAAAUAUUAUUCUUUUAGGUUAAUGCUUGCUCCAUUAAUUGAAACUGUGAUUCUUUUAGAUAGAAAAUUAUAUCUUCUGGAAAAAGGUAAAAAAAAAAAAUGUGUAAAUUUUGACCUUAUUCAUCAUAUUCAUCAUCAAUCAUGCAUUUAUUGUUAUUCGUUUUUAGGUAUUUCCUGUAAGAUUGUUUCCGGUUUCGAUCCUGAGAUUUCACCUAGAAAUCAACUAUUAAUUAGUGAUAAAUCAUUGUAG